AUCUAUUAAUUAUUAUUUUUGCCCAUCAGUUUUUUUUUCUUUUAGAUAUCUAUCUAAGUUGUGAUUUUCUCUGUUUUUACUCUGGUUGUGUUUUUGAACUCUUAGCAUUUGUUUUACCAUAUAGAUUAUACAGUGCCUUAAUUCCUACCUAGACAGCGUUUUGGAUAUCACAAAUGCCUGCAGCAUUUUUGGCCAUGCUAACUAUGAUGUAGUAGAUAGUCAGCCAAAUAGGUUAUGAGACACAGCCAGUAUUUUACUCCAGAAGAGCGGAUAGCAUUUUGACUGUCUCCUCAUCCGUCAGGUCUCUCAGUAACUCAUUUAGUCGUUUAACACAACUCGUCUGAGCAGGAUAACUUCAGAUAAAACACAGGGAAUAAGCAAAGACUUGUUAGACGUCGGACCAUGCGUGAGGGAUUUUGGAAACUUCUUUGUAUGUUCAUGUUGUCGUUUCGUCCUUUUAAAGCCUCAGCAGCUAUUUAUCAGGUUCCAGUGAGACUGCAGCGCACAGUGUCCGAACACAACACUGGAGCCAACACACUCAACAGGAACUGGUGCCAGUACACAGUACAGAAGACCAUUUCAUGUCAGACACAAAAUGGGACAGAGACUGUUGUUCAGCGACUGUUUCAGAGUUGCCGAUGGCCUGGACCGUGUUCAAACCUCAUCAGCUACAGAACUCUGGUGAGACCUGUGUACAGAGUGACCUACAGGAAAAUCACUUCUCUGGAAUGGCGAUGCUGUCCAGGAUUCCAUGGGGAAGACUGCAGAGAGGAGUGCAUGAACUGUACUGGUUAUGCUGACAUCAAAGAGCGCUUGAGUGUCAUUGAAGCUCAGAUAAUGUUACUGAGAGAUGCCGAGGCACCCCCUCUCCCUCUGUCCAGCCAAUCACCUGAGGGAACAGCUGAUAAUGAGGUGGAUAGGGCACACCCUUCACCAAUAACACCCAAGGCCAUUGGCCGACCAGGACCAAGAGGACAACCAGGACCUGUUGGUCCCCCAGGUCCCCCUGGGCCUCCUGGACCUUUAGGAAAGACAGGGUUUUCUGGAAAACCUGGUCCUAUAGGACCUAGAGGACCUCAAGGGCUACAAGGUCCGCCAGGAGAAAGAGGCCUUCCUGGGCCACCGGGGCCUGCAGCAUCUACUCCCUUCUCCAUCAGGGGAGAUGUUUUCACUCUAAUGGCUAAACAACAUGAUGCGGAUAGUGACUUUGCUGCCUAUCGUGACCUGCAGACUUUACUUGGUCCCCCCGGGCCCUCCGGCCCUCCUGGUCCACCAGGGCCUGCCGGACCACCUGGACACCCAGGUGCCCCGGGGAAAAAUGCUGCCUUAAGCUUUUCAGGCACACCAGGUGACAGGGGACCCAAAGGAGAUCCAGGAGAAAGAGGUCCACCUGGAAUAACAGGAAAGCAAGGGCAGCCUGGAGUUGCAGGUCCUAAAGGUGAGCCGGGAGAGAUUCCGGGGGAGGUGCAGCAGUUAAGGGAAGCGCUGAAGAUUCUGGCCGAGAGGGUUCUCAUUCUAGAACACAUGAUCGGCAUUCAUGAUACUCUGUUGGACUCUGGUUCUGGAAUAGAUCUCCUGGCAGACUUCAUGCUAACAGGCAGUGCUAAAAGUGUUGGUGCUGCCAAACCCUCCUCUCCUCUUACCCCGGACAGAGAGUAGCCGGACUCUGUUGGGUAUGAAGAGUGAAUAACAAACACUUGUGACCACAAGACCUUUAUCCUGACCUUUAGGACAGAUCCCUCAGCGUAUUAUAUGUUGAUGAGUAUAAUGAAAGUGGCACUGAUCUUUUCCUUUUUUAUUUACUUGAUGUAUUUUGUUGUUUAAUGGCAAUAUUCUGUCUUAAAAGCAUUUUCAUUGCCAUUUACAACCCAUUUAACUUCCGUAAUAUGAUGUAUUUCAAAGGCGGGCCUUUAUUUUAUCCAUCAGGAAUUGAUUGGAUGUUGAAAUGUGGGCAUACUUACCAGAAUGGAGCUGAAUGUGAGUUUGCUAAAAUGAUAACUAACUAGCUAUUUUGCUACUGGUUAGAAGAUGUCAGCAGAAAAAAAAUUGUUUUAGAGUAAGAGCAAGCUAUUAGAUCUUGAUUAAAGAUUAUAAGGACUAAGACUGAAUAACAUGCACCAAUGAAUCAUUCACAAUAAGACCAGAAAUGUGCAUUAAGAAAGUAACUGGAAUCAAUUUUGAUUUCAUGUUGAAUUUAAAGGAUUAGUUCACUUCAGAAUUAAAAUUUCCUGAUAAUUUACUCACCCCCAUGUCAUUCAAGAUGUUUAUCUCUUUCUUUCUUCAGCUGAAAAGAAAUUAAGGUUUUUAAGGAAAACUUUCCAGGAUUUUUCUUCAUAUAGUGGACUUUACCGGGGUACAACGGGUUGAAGGUCAAAAUUGCAGUUUCAGUGCAGCUUCAAAGGGCUCUACAUGAUCCCAGACGAGGAAUAAGGGUCUUAUCUAGUGAAACAAUCGGUCAUUUUCUAAAAACCUUUCCAACGUGAUUACGUAAUGCGUGACGCAUUGCAGAGCAGUGCAAGACGAGCAUUUGUGGUUAAAAACUAAUAUAAAUAUUUCUUUUUUUUUAGAAAAUGACCAAUCGUUUCGUUAGAUAAAACCCUUAUUCCUCGGCUGGGAUUGUGUGGAGCCCUUUGAAGCUGCACUGAAACUACAAUUUGGACCUUCAACCCGUUGGUAACUGUUGAAGUCCACUAUAUGGAGAAAACCUUAAUUUCUUUUCGAUUGAAGAAAGGAAGACAUAAACAUCUUGGAUGACAUAGGGGUGUGUAAAUUAUCAGGAAAUUUUAAUUCUAAUGUGAAAUAAUCCUUUAAGUGUGUAUUUACUGUAGUUUGUUUCUUUUAUGAUAGUAAAAGUGAGGAUUUUGGAAUGGCAGGAUAUCUGGGGUAAUUGAUCAACAAUGAUUUACUUGAUUAUACAAAGAAAAAAUGGCAUUCUUUACACUAUUCACUUCUUAAUGAGCUUUAUGUGGCAUGAAUAAUGAUUUUAUCAAGCUGAAAAUACAUGUGUUGUCAUAAAGAAUUUCCAGAAAACAAAAAAGACGCACAUUUCCAUUUGGUUUUCUGAUCGAUGUCCUGAGAUGACCUCAAGCACAUAAUUAUAUAUAGCAGUCUUAGCAGUGGCUUUGUAUGAAAACAAUUCACGUCUCAAAGCUCACAGGAAACAAAAAAAAUUGUAUAUAAUAGAACUUUAAAACCAAAUUGGCCCCUUUGUCUGCAUAGAGCGUGCAACGUCUACUACAGUAAAUUGUGUUUACCCCUCUGUUCACCUGUUCUUAUUCAUAAAGCCUAUCAUUGACUCGCUGAAAACCCAAAAUGGCAGAACGCACCAAGGGCUACUAUUAAUAGGGCUGCAGUGAAUAGACAGAGAGACACAAAAGGCCCUGUUGACCUUGUUCACAGAGCACCGUUCAACACGCCAGUGUGGCUUUAAGCUUAUUGUUGCGCUUGAGCUUUUGUAAUCCCCUCGGGAGGGAACGAAAUCUUUCCGAAUCUUGGGCUUUUUCUUGUUGUUGCGUUAAGAAAGAAGUGUCUGAGGUGUUUGUUUAAAAGGUUUCCCACGGUAAUGCUUUGCGUUAUUGAGAACCAAAACCUGAUUGUUUGUAUUUUGCUUUUUGACUUUUUUAAAUAAAAUUUUUAUGGGAAACAA